UGUCUGUGUCCGCUAAGUCGAGAAUUAUUGUUCGAAUUCCGUUUUAAUAAUCCGUGUUCGGCUCUCUCAUAUACGAAAACGUUUCCUGAAAAUUCUUGUACGACUCACAAUAUCGAACGUGAAACGCAGGUAAUUUUUAAAAGAGAUCUGCAAAAAAAUGGACGCUAAAAAUGAAGACAGCUCGGCUGGUUCGUCAUCGCAAAAUACUUCUUCGGUUACGAUGGUGGAUGUUCUGAACGAACAGCUUGAACAAGAGGCAGAAAGUGACGCGGUGCUGGGAGGUUCCGACGACAAAAACUGCACUUAUGCACAGGGAUACAUUUAUCGUCAAGCACUGUAUUCCUGCUUAACGUGUCUGCCAGAGUCCAGAUCGGAAGCGGAUAAACGUGCCGGUGUUUGUUUGGCUUGUUCAUACCAGUGCCAUGAGGGUCACGAAUUAAUCGAGUUGUACACGAAGCGAAAUUUCCGUUGCGAUUGCGGUGGCAAGCGCAUGCCAGGUAUACGUUGUAAAUUGGAUCCUCUAAAGCUGGAAGUGAACGAGGCUAAUUUGUACAACCAGAACUUCAGUGGAUUGUACUGUACGUGCAACAGGCCUUAUCCGGACCCCGAGGAUGACAUUCCGGACGAAAUGAUCCAAUGCGUGGUUUGCGAAGAUUGGUAUCAUUCGCGCCAUUUGGACGUGGAACUGCCAGCCAAUACAAAAGAGUUUGCCGAAAUGAUUUGCGGCGGAUGUAUGGAACGCGUUGAUGUUCUUAAGCACUAUGUUGGAAAAAUAGAAAAUGGAAAUCGGACAUUGGACGACACGCUUCAAGUGGAUGUGACUGGUUUGGAUGAAUCGAAUGCUACCGCCACGGCAGAUACAAGCGUGACUGUGAAUGAGUCCAAAAAAUUGGAUGAAAGCCAAACAGAGGAUGCAAAUUGUAGUAAACGAUUAAAACUAGAUAUUUGCACGAAGCCACCAUUGGAAGUUGGUGAAAGCGCUCGCUAUAAGAAGGGGGCAACAUUCUGGAACGAUGGUUGGCGGCAGCAUCUAUGUCGCUGCACGGGAUGUUUGGAAACAUACAAAACGUCGAAGGUUGAAUUUCUGUUAGAAGAAAAAGACACCGUUCAAUGGUACGAAGAAAAUGGACGAACAAAGAAGGCAACAGAAGGCAGUUCCUACGAACAGGCUGUUCGUGCACUUGGCCAAAUUGGGCGUUUCCAGCAGGUUGAAGUACUUUCCGGUUACAAUACAUUAAAGAGUCGUUUGAAGGAUUUCUUGGACACGUUCGUCGCCAGCCAGCAGGUUGUGACGGAGAAGGACAUAACCGAUUUUUUCGCCAAGCUGAACAAGGAAAAACAGAACAAAGUUGGCACGCCGUCGUAUUUUUGCCGUUAGUGGCAAAAUGGGGCAUUAUUUUCUAAUUAUACAUUUAUUUCCUUGUAUUCGUUAUAAAAUCUCUUAGUAUUCUCAAAUUUCCGUGUUAACGAAAUAAAAAUACUGCUG